AUGUCCCAAAUUAAUUACGAUCUGAUCUGCGAAUUCGAAUGCUCCAUCUGCUUCAACUACAUGCAGCCCCCAAUGAACAUGUGUCCUAAUGGCCACUUAUAUUGCUGCUCAUGUUUCAACAAGAUCGACCGAUGUCCCAUGUGCAGAGGUUGCAAGCAGGGAGCUCGUAAUUUGCGUCUGGAGCGACUGUUCGAAAAGUUGUUCUUCCCAUGUAAGUAUGCGGAGUCGGGAUGUACGUUUGAGAGUUUGGGUUCGGUGGUAAAGAUGCACGAGGUUGAAUGCGUAAGGAAGCAGUUUCCUUGUCCUAUUGCUCUUAUGUAUGAGUGCACGUGGCAUGGUUCGCUCUUGCAACUGGAACAACAUGCGAGGGACGACCAUCGCUUGUUGGAUGACUUAACAAGGAGUUACUGGGUACCUAUUUUAAUUCCAGAGCGUUGCUGGAGAGAUAUCAUCAAAUUCGACGAGGCGUUGUUCUUGUUGACGUUCUGUGGAGAUGUGGAUGUGCUGUAUGUAGGAGUGUAUGUUUUGACAUCUGCCUCAGACAAAACGUACAAUUAUGAGUUCACAUUCAAUGGGAACGACAGACAGACGAAUGUGUUUUUCUUUGGGUAUGAUCCAGACAUAUAG